ACUGUUGACCACCUAUAGAUGCGGUUCAACUAGCCCUCCGACCCCCCUCUCGAGAGUUCCGCUCCACCGCGGCGAAGGAAGUGGCGGAGGAGGAGGAGGAUCCGCGCCUGCGCUGGGCCUUCGUGCGGAAGGUGUACGCGGCCCCCCGCUGCCGUCUGGCCCACGUACAUCGCCAUCCUCCUGUCCCUGUCCCCGCUCGGACUCUUCCUCGCUGCCGCCGUGUCGGCAGAUCUGGCCGGGUAGCCCGGUAGGAAGCGUCGUGGGAGGAGACAGGCGAGGCGUUCGACCGCCGCCGGCAGCUUAGGACGUACCGCGUCUCUGUUCUAUGGGUUCACGAGUUUCGGGGCCCUACAUGGAUUCUUCGCCUCCGCCUCCGCCUCGUCCGCCAUCGCCGCCGCGACACCCUCCUCACCCUCAGGGCGAGCGUCACGGCGGCUGGGAGAUGCCGUACCAGGACGUGGACCACAAGCUCCGCGCGCUGGUCGGAGGCGCCGAGGGCUUCGGCCGCCACGCCAUCGGGGGCCUCUACGGAGCCAUCCACCGCGUCACGUCGCUCCAAGACAACGGGCCCGGGAGUCUGAGGGAGGCGUGCCACGCGGAGGAGCCCCUGUGGAUCGUCUUCGAGGUGUCCGGCACCAUCCACCUCCACUCCUACCUCCGUGUCUCCUCGUACAAGACCAUCGACGGGCGUGGCCAGCGCGUGGUGCUCACCGGCAAGGGGCUCCAGCUCAAGUCAUGCCAUCACGUCAUCAUCUGCAACCUGGUGUUCGAAGGAGGCCGCGGGCACGACGUGGAUGGCAUCCAGGUCAAGCCCGACUCCACCAACAUCUGGAUUGACCGCUGCACCCUCGCCGACUACGAUGACGGCCUCAUCGACAUCACGCGCCAGAGCACAGACAUCACAGUCUCAAGAUGCCAUUUUAUGCGGCACGACAAGACGAUGCUCAUCGGUGCCGACCCCACGCACGUCGGCGACCGCUGCAUCAGGGUCACCAUCCACCAUUGCUUCUUCGACGACACGCGGCAGAGGCACCCCCGCCUCCGCUUCGGAAAGGUUCACCUCUACAACAACUACACGCGCAGCUGGGGCAUCUACGCCGUCUGCGCAGGCGUAGAGGCCCAGAUCGUGUCCCAGUGCAACAUCUACGAGGCAGGUGGAGGGCCCCCAAAGAAGACAACUGUAUUCAAGUACAUGCCGGAGAAGGCCGGCGACCAAGAGGACGUGGUGGCAGGGUCGAUCAGCUCGGAAGGGGACGCCUUCCUCAAUGGCGCGCUGCCCUGCCUGAUCGAUAACCCUGGGUCUGUCUUCAGGCCAGAGGACUACUACCAGCAGCGGACCAUGGAGCCAGCGUCGCCGGCGCUCAAGGACAUAAUACAGCUCUGCGCAGGAUGGCAGUCGGUGCCCCGCCCCCCGGAUGAUCGCUGACUUUCAUCAUUCUGAUAUGCUGCAGCUCGCUUCUGUAAGAAUAUUCGUUUCACGGAAGCACUGCAUUUGUAUGCAUCUCAUCCUAGGUAAUUCAGCAUUUGUUUCAUGGUAGAGCCGCAUUUGUAUGCCACUCCUCUUCAUCUGCCCCCUCUCUGAAAUGUAGUAGAAAAGUUGUUAUGGUUUUCUAUUUGUAUCUUUAUUUAUAGUACAUACAAUUCCCAAUGUAAAGAUAUUUCUCUCAUCCAUAGCAUUACAAUAGCUUUUAGUUGUGAAUGCUACUCGUAUGUCUUAUACUAGAAAGCUGCAAGACACGUCAAUCUACUUUGUAGA